AUGCAAGUCUCAUUGGUGGAAGCAACAUCCCUGGAGGAUUUUACGGCGCCCACCAACCAUGGUAGAUCAAGACGGCAACAGCGCAAGGAAUGGAAAUCGCUGGGAUCAGUCGGCUUGUUCUUUCUUCUCGUGGCUGUCUUGCUAAAUGCUACUGUUGUACUCAUCAAGGAAGGGCUGGUGGACAGCGACUUCUCCAGCUCUCAUCGCAAAACCAGUAUCCUAGCCAUGGAACAAGAUCUUGUGAGGGCCACAGAAACCAUCUCAUCUUCACUGAACGAUGGCUAUGACAUGGAAGCUAUGAAUCAGGAUUUCGAGACCUAUCAUGGAUCAGACAAAGGAGGUAGUUUUGCAGGCAACGCGCCCGAGGCCACUUCAAAGGGGGUUCUGCCCAAUAAGUUGUUGCCUGAAAGCAGCUUAGCCUCUGGGAGCACCACCAUUCAAGGGAACAGCCCACAAGAAGACGAGUCCAAUCAUGACAAGAAGAUCAUGGAAGAUGCACGCACUACAAACGAUAUACACCGACCAGCUCUCGACAACCCACAACCAAAAAGACACGUCAGAGGGGGGAGACCAUCCCAACCUCCAACCGCAGUCAAAAGUGGCACCUCGAAACGCACCAAAUCUGCAACAUCACUUCCGGCGACACAGGCUAAACUAGAGGGCUGGACUAAGAACAAGAAGACACCAAUCAGCAUGAAGAAUGGCCAGCGAAACGGCAAUAAAGUCACUCCUUCAGGAUCUGCUCAUUCAAAUGCUGCCACAUCAGCAACCGACAGCAGCACUCAAGCUGUGCAACCUUCAAUGAAACCCAAACUUGAGGGCAAGAAAGAGCCCAGAAAGAAACCAAGCAACAAGGAGAGCCAGCAACUAGACAACAAACAAACAACCACUCAUGACGUGACGCGCCCACUUUCAACAGACGAGACGAACCAAACUAUGAAAUGCUCUCCAUGGGACGUUGACAUUGACAAUUGGUGGCAAAGUCACCCUGCUUGGGAACCGUCUGAAGAGGACACCAAUGACACUCAUACUUGCCUUCGGCCAAUUCAAGAUCCCAGGCGUGUCAGUUUCCUGGAGCGAGUCCACGAGAUUCAAUUCCCAGACAACAUCAAAACGGGCUGUACUCUUCGGCGCAAGGAUCCCAAACGAAUGGCAGUGCGCAAAAUAUGGGCGCAUGGUUUUGCGGCAACUCUGGUCUACAGGCUCAAUGAAGGUUUCUGGAGUGCCUACCGCGAGAAUCGUCCUUUUCGUCACACGAUCCCAGAGGACGAGUUUCGGUGGCCGUACACACCGCCCUUGGACUCCGAUUCCUGGGCAGCGUGUCCGUCCCAAGAUCAUGAGUGCUACUUUUUACCCAUUUCCAACUGUCCCCGCCCCCCGCCCGACACCAAGGAGGAAACACCCAAGAAGAAGUACAUCUAUCAUGAGAUUGCCAAGAAUGAAACACUCAAAGAACAAAUGAUUUGGCUCUCGCACUAUCUCAUGCGUCCCCGCCAAGAAUUGCGAAGGCGAUUCUAUGAGUUUUGGAAACAUUCCAACGUUCCCAAGCUAGAAACUCCUUGUACUUGGAUUCACGCACGACGCGGGGACGCCAUGACGGAAGAGGGAUAUGAUCGCAACUUCUAUUCGAUUCAGGAGUACCUGAAACGAGGCCAGGUGAAAAAGGGAGAGAACAUGUUGUUGCUGACGGAUGACCAGGCGGCCAUUGAAGAGGCUCUGCUGCUCCACCCCGAGCAUAAAUGGACCUACUGGAACCGAACGAGGUAUCGUGGAGCCACUGGCUACAAUGCACACUUUCCUUCCGACGACUUUGCUCUGGAGGUUUUGAUUAUUCUGGCUGAACGUAAACUGGCCAGCCGUUGUAAUAAGGGCGUGUACGGUAAGAGCAACAUGGCAAAGAUGAUGACGUACGCCAUGCUCUUGGAGCAUGGAAGCUUUGCCAACUUUACAACCAUUGAAAUUGAUCGGCGCUUGAAGAAGACUCGCAUCGAGGCCUUUGACUUUAUGAAGGAUCUAGAGGCAAAGCUGGCUGCAGCACGAGAGAAACUGCAAGGAGACGGCUCUUUGACUACGAACACAAAGUGACGAGCAAACCCCGUUCCUUGCCAGUACCCGAGGUUCGGAAAGGGGCUCUUGCAAGUUAUUGGGGAAGACCAAGGGACUUGGCAACAUUUUCUUACGCAGAGGGAGGAGCGUCAUUGGCUUGAGUACCAGCACAUGUAUCAAAAGGAUCUUUUGGCUGGUCCAAUCUGGUCUGUUCACACACGUUGGACGGUUGACAAGUGCUUGGAAUUGGGGGAGAAUUCAGGUGAUGCUGGUCUUCAAUAAAGCUAAACCCUGCUAGCUAGCGAUGCAUGUUUUGGUUUGAACAUCCAGUGUUUUCAGCCUUGAUUGAAUUUUGCAAGAAGGGGCAUCUCGCAUGCUAUCUUCGAUCCAUGCUCAUGUGCUCUUCGUUCACCAAACACCUCUUCCGACCUCUGGCGCUGCGAACGACGUGGCUUGCUCACAAACCGAACUAAGAAGCCAACAUACAACUAACUAUAGGCUCAUAAUGAUUGUCAACGUCGAACGAUCCUCAUGGGAUCAAGAAGU